UCUCAAGUUCAGAUUUGCGAAUAUAGUCGCAAACCAAACCACCACCAGACAAUUUUUCUUUCUUUCUUCACCAUUUAUUAAUCUAUUCUACAUUUCGUUCCAAACAGAGUAACAAGUUCAUCGGUGUACACAUUUUUUCACCUAAAAACUAUUAAAUAAAAUGGUCUCGAAAUUGUGGUGCAAGUUUAUCUGUUUACCAAUCUAUUUAUCCCUCCUCGUCCCCCACACGGAGAGUCAACAAGCCCGAAAUAGUCAAUGGUUUGAGGACACAAUCGACGAAUUUUUACGAAACGCUCAAAACAACGAUGAGGCGACGGACAUUCAAGUGUCAACGUGUAAAAUAUCGAGUCAGCAGCUCGUCGCCACGGCGCAAGCGACAGCUGCCAGGGUGUUGAAAGGAGUAUGCAAUCCGCAGGAGAUGGCGAAUCGUUUUGAAGACCUGGAACGCGACUUGGGAACUCGCCUCACAUCUUUGACAAACCUUUUGGUAAGCGUCGAGGCCAAGUUGGUGGAACAAGAGCAGGAGAUUAAGCGAAACCAUCGCCGCAUGAUGAGUGUUUUGGGCGGAAUGAAGAAAUCAGAAGUUGAAGGAGGAAGAGGUAGCUCAUCCUCUGAUAAUUCAGAGUACAGAGCGGAGGAAGUGAUCGGAGAGGGAGAGGAGAGUAUCAACAGUUCAUCCGGCUCCGAGGUGGUGGUGACGGGAUCCACUUCCUCUUCCACCACCACGAGUACCACCACCACCACCGACAGAACAAAGAGCAUUCUCCCCACCAAUCCUUACGGUGGACCCCGUUCCGAUGAAAUGAUCAAGUACAACUCGACCGUCCACAUUGAGAAUGGGCGGCGAGUCUUCUCCUACUACUGGGUCGUUCCAGGGAUGACGUACAAGCUGAGUAGUUGGGGUCAGAAGCGGGUCCUCCGAUCCAAUAGCUUUUACAUAUUCCCCCGCGGCUACCGUAUGUACCUCAAGAUCAUUCCACGCUACUCCACCAGCACGAUGUACAUCCACGUCGGGAUCACGCGGGGAGACUAUGAUGAGACUUUGGAAUGGCCAUUCUCCUACAAGAUGAGAGUUCAAGUGCUCGACCAGAAUGAAUCUAAAUCAAGAGCUCAGGAUUUGAAAUCAAGAAUAUGGGACCCAAAGGAGUUGUGUUCAGCCACAAACUGGCGCAAACCUCUGAGCGCGGAUAACGACGAAUGCGUCGGGCUAGGCUUCCCACAUGAUGUGAUUCAGACGCCGGACUACAUCUGGAAUGAUAGGAUCGCAGUCAAACUCACGGUCCACUUGGAUUAACGAAUUGACGAGGAGACGUGGCCCAUUUUAAAAUAAAUUCCUCUCCUAAAUUGGCCACCUCAUUUUUUAGAGACGACGGACGCCUAACACAGCACUUGACCUAAUUGUUCUUCUUCUACUUGUCCUCCUUUUUGCCUACUUUUAUACGUAUCGUAUAAUAUUUUAUUUCUCUCCCUCCCUUUACGAGACUGGAUCGAGUUGGUGGACAGCGGCGACGGUGGAGAGGAUUCAUGCCACCUAUUGUUUUUGAUGAUGAUUUCCUUUAAGAGCAAGCUUGUACGAAUUCCUCUGAUUCGAAUGAGUAAUAAAUUAUCACCCAUUUUGUCAUA